AUGGAUCAGGGUGAAGGCAAGAGUCCAGAUGGGAGCGAAUACGAUAAGAGACGAACUGAGCUGGAACAGGUUGAGGCACUAGCCAAGCAUGCGUUUGGGACUCAGAGCGCGCGUUUUGGCUCUACAACGUCCUUGGGCGUGGAAAAAACCUGCGGACAAGGCAAUGACAACACAAACAGGGAGGACAAGCUUGAACAAAUUGUUUACCCAUGUCUGUUACGAUACAUGGCCAAGCAGGCGACCAAGGAGAAGCAAACCUUCCAGGACUUAAUUGACAAAUACAAGGCUUUGAAUGUCAUUUCUGACGUACGCGAUUUCCUUACACGCCGAUUGGGAGUCCCUAGACACAACAGCUUUGUUUCCCAAAACAACUACGUGAAUGUCUGGCACAAAAUUUAUCUAUUCCAUUCUCCCCCCUUGUUUGCCCCUUUCGAUCCCGUUAAGCGAGACGUAGUACGUGCAAGUGCACCUGAGGUUAGUCCUAGUGGACGGGUUCGUCGGGCUGGUGUCUGGGAUGUUGCGUUGUACGUGGAAAAGCCCAACCGCCUGCGUUCUUUUUCAGACACAAAUGAAAAACACGGGAUUCACCGAUAUCGUGCAGGACGAGUACGUGCCUUAUUCACACUCCCUGCGCACCUACGCUUCUAUUAUAGUGGUGAAUUGGCAUACCUUGAGCUUUUUGAGUCGUUCGACGUUUCUGCAUCUCCUUUCACAAAGCUUUACUCAACCCGGCCCGAUUUCGAUUCGAAGGGUCUUUGUCAAACCCUUGUUAUUCCAGUUACCGACAUAGUCUUUGCCACGCACCUCGUCCCUAAAUUCCAUACGAUCGAGAAUCAACUGGAGCUUAAUCGCUACGUUGAUCUUCUCGAUACUCGCGGGAACUUUUGGCUUAAUCAUUACUACAAUCAUCACUUCUACCAGUACAUUCAGUAUUGGAGGCGUCACCGGCCGCGCCUCCAAGAUUGA